AGGACGGGUUUGGGGAUUUACUGCUGUAUAAAUUGUAUAAAUUGCCGGUGGGGAUAUACAGUGUACAAUACGCCAUUGCCGUCAACAAGACUCAGUUCACGAUGAGCACCCCAGACUUACCCACCCUACGCAAAAACCUGCUGCGAUAUGUUCGCAACCAUGACACAGAAAAGGUGAAGAAUUUCGUGAGUCAGUAUCAGCCGCAUAUAGCUGCGAUUGCGGGCCGUCCUGGCACAGAUGACAAGGAUGAGUGGUGCCCUCUAGGCUUGGCAGCUAGCCAAGGAUAUCUGGAUAUUAUCAAAGUUUUCAUCCAAGCAGGCGUCUCUCCAGACGCGCGGAACCUGUUCGCCACGCUCUACACUGAACCUCCCAAACCACCGGAGAAGCGACCCGACGGUCUGUUCGCCCAAGACUCCGCCAUCUUCUUCGUCGACACGGACGGACCCAGCGCCCUCUAUUCAGCGACGGAGCGCAACCAGCGAGUAGCGGCGGAGAUGCUCAUAGCAGCCGGCGCCGAUGUGAAUACUCAGCGAGAGUCUGGCUCCACGUGCCUCCACAUUGCCUGCUUCAAGGGGUACAAGGGUAUGGUGGAAGCGUUGGUCAGUGGGGGAGCCAAUGUGAAUCUUCAGACGAAGGAUGGUGUGCCGCCGUUGUUUGUGGCGGCACAGGAAGGCCAUAAGGAUAUCGUGAAAGCCUUAAUGGCGAAGGGAGCACAGGUAAACCUUCCCAAAAACAGCGGCGCCACCAGUCUCUUCGUGGCCGUGGAGCGGGGCCACAAACCCGUGGUGGAGACCCUAAUGGAAGCCGGUGCCUACGUGAACAUGCAACAGAAACGCGACUGCAGCAGCUGUCUCUACAUGGCCGCCCAGAAGGGACACUCUUCCAUAGCAAAGAUGCUUUUAUCACGAGGUGCCGGGGUCAACGUUCAGAAGGAUCUUGGCUGGAUCCCGCUCCACAUCGCGGCUUAUUUUGGUCACCUGGAUACAGUAAACGCCCUACUGUCCCUGGGUGGGGACGUCGACAAGGCGGCCUAUAAUGGGAAGACACCGCUCCACCUAGCGGCGGAGAGCGGGCACAAAUAUGUGGUGAAGUCCCUGAUGGAGUCUAGAGCAAACAUGAACGCGCAGGAUAAGGAAGGGAAGACACCGGUCCACAUAGCGGCACAAACCGGCCACGUGCAUAUCGUGGAGAUGUUGGUCGAGGCUGGAGCGGAAGUCAGCAUCAAAUCGAAAGAUGGCACCACCUGUCGGGAGAUCGCCGAGAACAAUCCGGCCAUCAUGGAAGCCAUCACCAAGGCCACCAAGACGCGCAAGUCCGUCUCCCAGUACGACGAGUUCACCAGACUUCUUGAAGCAGUCGCUGACAACCUUUGUGUGAACCAACACUGGAAGUUAUUAGCACGUGAUCUGCCUGUCACAAACGCUGAUUUCGUGGAAGGGUUCUUGGCUGAGUUAGAGAAGGCGUAUCCAGAGAGCCAAAAGGAGCAGGCCUUCAGAGCCCUACGCGCCUGGAGAAAGUACAAAGGGAAAGAGGCCACGGUUGAGGCUCUCUUGGACGGCUUGAGGAAAUACAGCUACACUAGCGCCGCUGACGGCUUGGAGCAAGAAGCAAAGAAACUGAAUUUGUUGACUUUACCAGCUGAGACAGCCUCAGUACCUGACGAAUGAUCAAAAUAAUCAAUUUUGUUUAUACAAAUAGUUACAAUUCUGCCAUGUACGGUAUUCAUUUUUAUUUAUUUUAUUUAUUAAUUUAUUUAUUUAUUCCUUUUUUUGUAUUUGUAGUUUCAAACCGUUGCCUGUUUACUGGACAGUUCAAAGAUGUAUUUGAUAUAUAAUCAAAUAUUUUCUAAAGAUUUUUUAAGUGAAUAUGUCAUCAAAGGUUAAAAACCUGUUGUGUCUUUGUGAUUCAGUUUUUGAAUUAUUAUCAACUGUGAUGUUUUCAUAUCAAUAAUAC